AUGCAACCUGAUAAUCAGACGAGGUUCGAUGCCAGAGAAGCUCACUUUAACUCGGCAUCUCGGAGAUACCACUUGCACAUUGCAACUAACCAGACUGUCACACAACUUGUUUUGGAUAGUAACAGUGCACACAACUCAAGUCGGAGAGUGAUGGGAGUCGAGUUUGCUCCAAGAAACAAGUCCAAGGCGAGAUCAAUUUCUUGUAUCCGAGAGGUAAUUGUUUCCGCUGGUGCGAUCUUCACUCCCACUUUACUUCAGGUAUCGGGAAUUGGGCCGUCAGAUGUUCUCAAGUCGCUCGACAUUUUGGUCAAGAUUGACCUUCCUGGCGUCGGAUGUAAUCUUCAAGAUCAUCCCAUGGUUUAUGCCAACUACUAUUAUCGCAAUGAAUCAUAUUUCAGGAGCAAUGAGAUAGCCGACGGUGUGUAUGAUGAAGCUGCCGAGGAGUAUAUACGGAACAGAACAGGUCCUUGGACAGCACCUCUCAUAAACACGAUUGCAUUCCCGAGUCUUCGAUCUGCAACAGAUGACUGGAAACAGUUCAUGAAUAAGAGUUCGGGGGAUGGCAUUCCCUCAAAUACCCCCAACUCUGUGAAGAAGGGCUACGAAUUCCAGAAAAAGAUUCUACAAGACCAAAUACUCGGCAAUGACGCAGGAACUUUUGAGACCAUGGCCAUCUCAUAG